GUAUUCUUGCGUGGUUUCCGCCAACCAGCCAUCCAAAUGGACACCGGGCACAGGCAGGGAGCAUCAUGCACAUGGUUUUAGGUCACCUCCAAUAACAGGGGCCACAAAUCAAAACAAUUAACCCCAUCUCAUCCAAGCAAUGCCUUUUCAGGUUGGUUUCCAUGACGUUGCGGCCUCUUUUACGGGCGAGCAGUGGAUGGGCCUGGAGAGCUGGAAGAAAGAGCUUUACCGAAAUGCCGUCACAGAAAUCCACCAAGCGUUAUUAACACUGGGUCACACAAUUGCUAAUCCAGACAUUGUAUUCCAAAUCACAAAAUGUGACAAAUCAAGCGUCCGCAUUGACUGUUCCGGCACGGAAAGGGAAAGUACGGUUGCGGGCCUACCCGAUCUAUUAUUGAGGGUGAAGGAGGAAACCGAUGGAGGAAACGUUUCCAGCGAUGAAAAACCUAACGUCGAAAGGUCGGAGAAUCUGAUAUCCCAGACCCUCGCAGAAUGUCCUGUCAUCACCUCUGUGGUUUCCUUAUACGUGAAGGAAGAACAAGAAGAGAAAGUUUCUCCAAAUUCAGAAGUGAAGCCAACAAGUGAUGCAGAUGUCCAAGAAGACAGUUUAUUCUCUAUUAAGCAAGAAGAAGAAGUUCAUUCAAUAGAUAAUUAUAACUCUGCAGGCAUGGAGAGCGUCGUAACCGUUCCCUGCAGUCCUACUUCAGCGAUUAAGCAAGAAAUGGAUCCUGUAGAUCACUUCCAGCAAGAAGUGACUGGAGACCUUGGUGACAUAAUUCCUGUUGUUGUAAAGCAAGAGAAUGUGGAUCACACCAAAGAAAUCCAAGCCACGCGUCGCUAUAGCACCCGUGGUAAAGCAAGAUUAGGCGGCUCAAAACAGAAAUCAAGUAUUGCAAAGAAACUUCGAGUAAUUUCGAAUAUCUUGUACCAAGAUGCACCUGGUCCCCGGGCGGCGAUGGACUCUAGAAGAAUUGGGGCUACCCAUUUUAUUUUUAAAAUUCCUCCUACAGAGAAGAAGCAGAAUCCCCAAAAACGAUGCAGGGUAUGCUACAGCAGGGGGCAAAGAAAGGACACCCCAUUAUACUGUCCAGAUUGCCCUGGAGAACCUGCCCUCUGCCUUGGUAACUGCUUCAAGCUGUACCACACGACGGCAGCUUUCAAGAGUCAAAGAGUCUUAUCUCACGGAGCUCACCUGGAUGAAACAACAAAAAGAAUCAGGAGACUGCAGAUGCUAGAAGGCAUGGCCAGGCCCUUCAGAACCCUGCCGUGCUUCAUGAACGAUCCCAUUAUUAAAGGUCAACAGUCUCCUAGAAGACCCCUCGAUUUGAAAGAGGAGACGCCAAGCACAGGACCCCCCGUCUGGUGUAAAUGUGGGAAAUGCUGUGUGUUCGACUCCGAGGAGGAGACUGUGUGUUGUCACAACAUUUCGAGCUUACAAUCGCUUUUAAACGAAGACUGCGGUUGCAUCACCAACCAUCACUUCUUCCGCGACAUGUGUCUGGGCCAUGACUGGCUCAAUUUUCUCUUUCGCUUUCUCGGCCGGACAUCGAAAAAAGAGGACAUUCUUUGCUAUUUACACAAGCUUCGGAGGACCGCAUAUAGAGUAUUCACAGUAUGGGCUCACGACUACUUAGAUCGUCGCAAGUAUAAACCUAUCCCAGCCUGCGCGAUCAAGGCCGUAAGAGAUUCCUUCCCCUAUCCGGAGGAGCUAAAUGUUGGCGUCAUGAAGAUGUACGAUUAUCCAGCAGCAAUCAUGGCCUUAGAUUAAUGUUUAUUUUGUCUCUGUAAUUAUAUAAAGUUGUUACUAAUUAAAAAUCUAUUUUUGUA